GAUGGGUUGGGAGGCCGGAAGUUGCGGCCUCAUUACUUGCCUUUUCAAAAUGCUGCCGAGGCCUUAGGGCCUGUGACUGGCGCCCCCUCCCCCACCUCGGACUCGGCGGGGGAGCGACUCAUGGAGCAGCCGUAAGAGUUGUCAACAGACUACAAUUUAUUUAUGGACAAAAUGACAUCAUUUUCCACCUCUGCCCAGUGUUCAACAUCUGACAGUGCUUGCAGGAUCUCUCCAGAACAAACCAAUCAGGUACGACCAAAACUGCCACUUUUGAAGAUUUUGCAGGCAGCAGGUGCACAAGGUGAAAUGUUCACUGUUAAAGAGGUCAUGCACUAUCUAGGCCAGUAUAUAAUGGUGAAGCAGCUUUACGAUCAGCGGGAACAACAUAUGGUAUAUUGUGGUGGAGAUCUUUUGGGAGAACUACUGGGUCGUCAGAGCUUCUCCGUGAAAGAUCCAAGCCCUCUCUAUGAUAUGCUAAGAAAGAAUCUUGUCACUUUAGCUACUGCUACUACAGAUGCUGCUCAGACUCUCGCUCUCGCACAGGAUCACAGUAUGGAUAUUCCAAGUCAAGACCAACUGAAGCAAACCGUAGAAGAAAGUUCUAAUUCCAGGAAAAGAACCGAAGAAGACAAUAUUCCUGCACUGCCUACCUCACAGCAUAAAUGCAAAAAUUCUAGAGAGGAUGAAGAUGUGGUAGAAAAUUUAACCCAAGAUGAGACGUCAAGACUGGACCUCGGGUUUGAGGAGUGGGAUGUAGCCGGCCUGCCUUGGUGGUUUUUGGGAAACUUGAGAAACAACUAUACACCUAGAAGUAAUGGCUCAACUGAUUUACAGACAAAUCAGGAUAUUGGUACUGCCAUUGUUUCAGACACCACAGAUGACUUGUGGUUUUUGAAUGAGUCUGUAUCAGAGCAGUUUGGUAUUGGAAUAAAAGUUGAAGCUGCUGAUACUGAACAAACAAGUGAAGAAGUAGGGAAGGUGAGAGACAAAAAGGUGAUUGAAGUGGGGAAAAAUGAUGACCUUGAGGACUCUAAGUCCAUAGACGAUGAUACUGAUAUAGAAGUUACGUCUGAGGAUGAGUGGCAGUGCACUGAGUGCAAGAAAUAUAACUCUCCAAGCAAGAGGUACUGUUUUCGUUGCUGGGCCUUGAGGAAGGAUUGGUAUUCAGAUUGCUCUAAGUUAACCCAUUCUCUCUCCACAUCUGAUAUCACUGCCAUACCUGAAAAGCAAGAAAAUGAAGGAAUUGAUGUCCCUGACUGCAGAAGAACCAUAUCAGCUCCAGUCGUUAGGCCUAAGGAUGCAUAUAUAAAAGAAGAAAAGCCCAAGUGUUUUGGUCCCUGCAACUCAGUGGAAUUCUUGGAUUUGGCUCACAGUUCUGAAAGCCAAGAGACCAUAUCAAGCAUGGGGGAACAAUCAGAUAACCUUUUUGAACAGAGAACAGAUACAGAAAACAUGGAAGAUUGCCAGAAUCUCUUGAAGCCAUGUAGUCUCUGUGAGAAAAGACCACGAGAUGGGAACAUUAUUCAUGGGAGGACAGGCCAUCUUGUCACUUGUUUUCAUUGUGCCAGAAGAUUAAAGAAGGCUGGGGCUUCAUGUCCUAUUUGCAAGAAAGAGAUUCAGUUGGUUAUUAAGUCCAUCUGUGGAAUAUCAUAGGUUCCUGAUCUUAGGCUUGAACAAAGGAUCAGCAUCCAGACUGCCAUGAACUCAUCUGAUGUAAGACUGAAUCACUGCCAAGCAUUGGAAAUAUUCAGUUGUGUCUUAGUAAUAAUUUAUGUAUAUUUAGAUAUAUGCAGUGCUUUGUGGGAAAUUAUUUUGUUUGUAAGAAUUUAUUUUUAAAGGUGAGGAUCAUUUGUUACUUUAACGUCACUUCAUUGCAGUGUUGGCGCCUUUGACAGUCACUAAUGAGAAAUUGGUGAAUGUUAGAUCUUGGGUUCUACACAGCUAUCGUAGUGUUACCUCUUGGUUCUCUUUGGAAAGGGUGAAACUCGUUAACCAGAUAAUUGGUUUUUUGUUUUUUUGUUUUUUUCCCUGCAGAGAGUUAUAUGAACUUCUGAAAGGAUAUUGCUUUAGAUACUGUGAAUCUCUUGUUUUCCAUUUCGCCAACUAUCUACUUAAAUUGCUCAUUCUCAUGUCCUAAAAAAGGAUUCAUCUUGACAGCUCUCCCAUUCAUGGAAGUACAUAUAUGCACACAUACUAUCAAGACUAUUAAUGCUUUUGCUAAAAACGGCUGUAGACUGGCUGUGUCUAGAAGCUGCACUUCAGAGGUAAAUGAACCUGCCAGCUCUCCCUGUGCCAAAAGUAACAUGUACAAUGUUUACAGAUGUCUGGAAUCUUGCACUGCCGUAGGGUAUGCUGAGGUUACUUUGCUGCGAUUUCCUAGAUUUGUGAUUAGCUUAAUUGCAGUUUAGCAAAUGAGAUAUAAUAUUAGAGGCCCAAAGCCACUGGAAAUGAGGGUUAUCUGAGGUAGUGGUUCAGAUGACUCCCAAUAACUAAUCUGGGAACAGUUUUUCCAGAUCGCCUUGAGAUGUCCUUUCUGUUGACAGAACUUUAGUUGUUUGCCGUUGCUAUAUGUUCUUUUUUAGGAGCCAUCAGAUCUCUUCUCUCCUAUGGGAGAAUGUCCUGUUAGCAUUUUCAGGUCUUUUAAUGCAAUAAAUGUGCAAUCCCAAAUAAUGCCACUAUAGGUGAAUGUGGCGUUGUUAAAGAAAAUAUUAUAAUAAACCUACACUUGGGCUUAGUGUACCUCUAUCAAAGCCUUUUGAAUGACUAAAGUGUUCUAGAGAAACAAGUGUUUCUGUGGAAAGAGGUGGUUAAUAUUUCUUGGUAGCUUAUCUGAAAUCAAAGAUGCUGCUUCUGCACAUUGUUGUCCUUCAUCUAAUAUCUGUCUUUACUGUCUUCUGGGAGCAUAGCAAGUGAGUAGAACUCAUUUCUUGGGGUGGAAUGGGUCAAGGAUCCUCAAAAGGGACAAAUAGUACUGCCAGAGCAAUUUCUUUUGCAGAGUAGUUGCUGUAAUUUGACAAAUGCUCUAAUUGAAAAUUGACAUUUUUAUAAUAGUUUAUCAGGGCAUCUGAUUUCUUAUCCCAGAGUUUUUUUGUUUUAUUUUUAAACAGUAAGUACUUUGAUGUCAGACAUGUCCUCUUCCUUUCUUUCUUACUGUUGCUCUUUUUUCCUUGGAGGUCAAGGUUAUUAUUUAUUUCUGGGUAUUGCCUUUAUACCAGAAGCCUUCUGUAUCACCCCUUGGAUGGUUUUAACUACCGUAUCUUUAGAUAAGGUUUCUCUUUUUCACUCAAUCCUGGGAAUGUUUCUGUUGCAGCGUUAGGUGGUAAAUUCCAGCAAUAAGAAGGAAAGAUGUGACAUCAGAGCUCCUAUCUAGUAAAAAACUUGUAGUUGAAGAUUUGCGUAUACGAUGAGGCAACAGGAUUUACUUCCUCUUUUGUCCCAGUAUUAAGAAAUUCAGGUCAGCUUGUCCUCUUCCUACAGGGGGAUUAUUAUUAUUUUUUCUCCCCCUGCAGGUUCCUUCAUUUUUUCCACUUCCUUUGUCCUAAAGAAUCAAAGUAUCUCCUUUGGUUUUUUUCCUUUCCCCCUUUAGAAAGUAAGAGAAAAUGUUUUAAAGGAGGAAUGAAAUGUCUCUGGCCUCCUCAGCACUUGGCAAGCCUCUGAACAGGACCUUUCCAUUCUCUAGCACGACACUAUUAGGUGCCUUUUUGGGUAGAGAUAAAGAGUAAGAUUCCGCCAUCUUGACCUUCUUAAGCUUCCAUUUUUUCUCAUCUGUAAAAUGAGUGUACUACCCUUUCUACCUCAUCGUCCGUUGUAGGGAUUAAGUGUGGGCAGCAGCUUAACCUUUAAUUGCCUUGAAUCAGGUAUUGGAAGUUGUUAAGCUUUUGGUAGAUCUGACUGUGGGGUAUAUAAUCUGAAUACCUCAUGUCCCAGAAGCUGAGCACAAGCUCCCCUUUGUACCUGCCACGCAGAGCCUCUGUUGCCUCCUUUUGCACAUGCCUCUAGCUCAGAUAUCUUUUCCUUGAUAUGAGGCUCUUGUCUAGAAGAGUUUUGCCUCGAGGUUCUGAGAGAAAUGUGUGUGUAAAUUGGGGUAGUAGCUAUCCCUGUGUCGUCAGGGUCUUGGUAUACAGAAAUGCUCUGUCGUACAUGCACUUGAGUGGGUGGCAUAUAAUGCACUGUCAGUAUGUAGCAAACAUGCAAUUUUUCAGCUAACAUCUGAUGAGGCAGAUGUGGUUUCCUAAAAUGGGCAGGAAAAGGUAAUUUGAAAUAACUUUGAAUAGUGACCAGCUCACCAGAUGAGGAAAGGAGACAUUUUCACGAGUUCUUGCCUAAUCUUUGUAAGCACCACUAAAUCGCUUUGUGUCUUUUUUGGGUUUUGCACUGUAUAAUGCUUUUAAUACCUGUUUUUCCUCUUGUGCUUUUUUUUGUGCAUUAAAUAUUUUUCAUUUUA